UUCCCGAGUGUGUGGUCUUCCUUCUCAAACUUGAUGGUUGCGCAGUUUGGCAGCUUCGAGUCUGGUGUGACGGCGACCUUGGCAACACCUUCUGGAACAAGAAUGAGCUCAUAGCGUUCUGGUGCGUUCGUCAUGAUGAAGAGAGCUGAUGGGGCCUGUGUCUGUAUGUGAAGGAGUCUCUUCGUUGCUGCUUUCGUGAUUUCGAAAUUCUCACCGAACGAGGACGACGACGACCAGAGACAGGCAGAGAUACGGACUAACCUCGUGCAGCAGGUGCGACAAGCAGAGGCCGACGGACGGUAGUCAAGAUCCCAGCCAGACAGAUGCAGCGGUCGCUUUCUCUGUUGCGCAGCAGACCGCUUGCAGCAAGGACAUUCGCAAGCUCAAGUCUCUGCAGAAAUACUCAAACGCCAAACCUGGUGACUGGACAAGCGCAGAGGAGUCGAGGAGCAGAGGGAAACGACUACGAUCCUUCUGUAUCUUUUGGCUACAGACCCGAAUCACGGUCGUAUUUCACAGGCAACAGCGUCUACAAUGAUAAUCUGCUAGCACUCGAGCGUAUCGUCCGCAAGUAUUCCAAGCUACCGGAGCUACCUCUUGGUCAGUAUCCAAAGACCUAUUGGAGGUCGAUUGAGCAGUACCGGGAGAUUGAUACGACGAGCCAUGUGCGGCCUACAGACCACAAGAAGUUGCUUCAACUGCUCAACCGCCUCAACCGUAUCGAUCGGGCUUACAUGCCACAAGAAGUGCAAGACAUCAUGGCUUACUAUACGCGUGAGCGCCUUGGCUCAGAACCUCUCAAGAAGGAGUUGAAGCCAGACAGCUUCGGCCGCACAUUUGGUGUUGGCAGGCGGAAGGAAUCUGUUGCGAGGGUCUGGGUUGUGCCUGGCAAGGGUGAGCUGUUCAUCAAUGGACGCGGUCUAAAGGACUUUAGCAAAGGUCCACAUGACAAGGAGAGCAUUCUUUUGCCGCUAGACACGACAGGACGUUUGGACAAGUACAACAUCUGGGCGUAUGUGGACGGCGGUGGUACCACAGGCCAGGCAGAAGCCAUCCAGCUUGGCAUGGCCAAGGCACUAGUCAUCCACGAGCCAGAACUGAAGCCGAGCUUGAGGAAGGCUGGAUGCAUCACAGCAGACAGCAGGCGUGUCGAGCGUAAAAAGACGGGUAAGCCCAAGGCUCGCAAGAGCUACACAUGGGUCAAGCGAUAGAGCUCAUGUAAUAUGUAGACCAUCAGCAGAACAAAUCGCAUACGCAAAUAGUCGACAGGCGAUUAGAAAAUAGUGAUGGAUGCAUUCGCUUGAAGUACA